GGAGAUGCUGCUGCUGUUAGGAGUCGGGAGAUGCAGUGAGAGGAGCAGGCAGAGCUGUGUGAGCUCAGUCCAGGAGAAGGGAGACUCCAGCCCCUGACAUCACUUCUAUGUGACCGGCCACAGAGCUCCGUCCCUCAGAUGCACGCAGCCCCCCGCCCUGCUCCCUUUUCCCGGCUCUGCCUGUCCUCCUGUGCCCGGCGUGCUGUCUCCUCCUUUCCCCGCUACUCCUGCUCUGAGCCCCGGUUCUCCUUCUCCUCUCUCCGGCUCUCCGUGGUGCUGAAAGCUGGGCCGUGGUGCGGCAGUGUUGCCGGGGUGUCAGCCGGCCCUGUAGCCUGAGGACGCCGGGAGCUGAGGGUCUGCAGAUCUGGAGGGGGAGCCCUGUGUGCUGGCAGGAGAGCUCCGAGGCUGUGUGUGACUCACAGGCCGGGAGACAGAGCCCAACACCCGGGCCUGCUGUGUCUGUCUGAGCGGAGACAUCCUCUGCGAGAUCUACAGGGAAGGACCCCCCCCCCCCCCUUCCUAGACCCAAGGUCUACAUACAAGACCUGGAGACCACCCCAUCAGAGGUCCACAAACCACCUUCUUACUGAGAGACCACCCCAUCAGAGGUCAACAGACACCUUCUCACUGAGAGUCCACCCCAUCAGAGGUCCACAGACCACCUUCUCACAGAGAGACCACACUACCAGAGGUCCAUAAACCACCUUUUCACUGAGAGACCACUCCAUCAGAGGUCAACAGACCACCUUCUCACUGAGAGACCACCCCAUCAGAGGUCAACAGAUCACUUCUCAAUGAGAGACCACCCACCAGAGGUCCACAAACCAAAUUCUCACUGGGAGACCAUCCCAUCAGUGCUCAAUAGACCACCUUUUCACUGAGAGACCACCACACCAGAGGUCCACAGACCACCUCCUCACUGAGAGACCACAACAUCAAAGGUGCAAAGACCAUCUUCUCACUGAGAGAUCACCAAAUCAAAGAUACAAAGAUCAUCUUCUCACUGAGAGACCACCAACAUCAGACGUCCACAGACCACCUUCUUACUGAGAGACCACCCCAUCAGUAGUGCACAUACUGUGUAGUUUCUUACUGAAAAAACACCCUAUCGGAGUUACACAUACUACCUUCAUACUGAGAGUCCACCCCAUAAGAGGUCAACAGAUCCACAGACUACCUUAUUAGAGAGACCACCCAACCUGUCCACAGAUGCAAAGACCACCUUCUUACUGAGAGACCACUCCAUCAGAGGUCCACAGACCACCUUCUUAUUGAGCAAUCACCCAGGAAGUCUACCCUAUUUGUGAGAACUCCAUUCCAGGACACCACUCGUUGUGAGAGCACCUUAAAGUUUGAUGGCAUACCACAUUGAUAAGACCCCUACCUUGGAUCCCCCAAAAUAUGCCUCAUGGUCAGCAGAGUCCAGCACAGUUUUGAGGGACCUCUGAGACACCAUUUCCCCAACAUCAUCAAGGAUCACCGAGUACCUGAACUUCAAGACUGCAAUUUUGGACUUAAUGAAGUCCAUAUGUCUUCAACCCAACCCUUGCACUGACAUCCCAGAGACAAUAGUCAGCAUAUACCAUUAUCCAGUACAAUCCUGAUUGACUGGCCUCCACAUCUGCACAUGUAAAGGGAUGCAUUUUCUUUGAGAACCCGAGUCAUCACAGCCUUGAGAUCAGACCUGCAGAACUAUCACUUCAGUAUCUAAACCACUAGGAUCAGGACCAGCUAGGUCUCUACAUCUCUGCAACUUCCCGGAGCCUCCAGAACUGCACCCAAGGGGCAAGGCCACCCACCCCCUGAGUUUUCCUGGCGUGGCAAUGGCUGUGUCACUGUACACUGUCACCUAAGACCUGUAGAGGAAACACUGCUAUCAGGACCUCCUAUCAGCCUCACGACACAAGGUUAUUAACAUGCCGACGGAGGAAGUGGCGAUGGUUCCGGCAUAGGACACGCGGUGACCUUGGGACAGCCCAAUUCUGAGAGAAUGCUGGGAUUCUGCAGGGGGAGAAGGAAGUUCCUGGCAGCCUCUCUCACUCUCCUUUUCGUUCCAGCCGUCACCUGGAUUUAUCUGUUCACUGGAAGCUUCGACGAUGGGAAGUCCGUCUCCCUGUCUCCGCUGGACACGCAGCCUCACAGUCCACGUUACUCAGCCUCAAGCCAGCGGGAGAGUCUGGAGGUGCGCGUGCGAGAAGUGGAGGAAGAAAACCGGGUCCUCCGCAAGCAGCUCAACCUGGCACAAAGUCGGGGUUCAUCCCAUCGCCACAGCAAUCGCUCCAAAACUUACUCCAUGGAGGAGGGGACGGGAGACAGUGAGAGCCUGCGAGCCGGAAUCGUGGCCGGUAACAGCUCGGAGUGCGGGCAGCAGCCAGCGGUGGAAAAGUGCGAGACAAUUCAUGUCGCCAUCGUCUGUGCCGGUUACAACGCCAGCCGAGAUGUCGUCACCUUGGUUAAAUCCGUCUUGUUUCACAGGAGGAAUCCAUUGCACUUCCAUCUCAUCGCUGAUACUAUCGCCAAGCAGAUCCUGGCUACGCUCUUCCAAACAUGGAUGGUGCCUGCAGUGCGUGUGGACUUUUAUGAUGCUGAUGAAUUAAAGUCGGAGGUUUCAUGGAUUCCAAAUAAACAUUACUCAGGAAUAUACGGGCUUAUGAAGCUAGUACUCACCAAGACUCUCCCCGCCAGCCUAGAGCGGGUCAUCGUCCUGGACACCGAUAUCACCUUUGCCACCGAUAUAGCCGAGCUGUGGGCGGUUUUUCACAAGUUCAAAGGGCAGCAAGUUCUCGGGCUGGUGGAGAACCAGAGUGACUGGUACCUUGGAAAUCUGUGGAAGAACCACCGGCCGUGGCCGGCUCUCGGCAGAGGAUACAACACAGGGGUGAUUCUUCUGCUCCUGGACAAGCUGCGCAAGAUGAAAUGGGAGCAGAUGUGGCGCCUGACUGCGGAGCGGGAACUGAUGAGCAUGCUGUCUACCUCCCUGGCUGAUCAGGACAUCUUCAACGCUGUCAUCAAGCAGAAUCCCUUCCUCGUGCAUCAGCUCCCCUGUUUUUGGAACGUGCAGCUGUCAGAUCACACUCGCUCCGAGCAAUGCUACAGAGACGUCUCAGAUCUGAAGGUCAUUCACUGGAAUUCUCCAAAGAAGCUGCGUGUCAAGAACAAGCAUGUAGAGUUCUUCCGGAAUCUGUACCUGACGUUCCUGGAGUAUGACGGGAACCUCCUCCGGAGGGAGCUCUUUGGUUGCCCCAGUGAGACAGACAUUAACAGUGAGAAUCUCCAGAAGCAGCUGUCUGAGCUGGACGAGGACGAUCUGUGUUACGAGUUCAGACGGGAGAGGUUCACGGUUCAUCGGACUCACCUCUACUUCCUGCACUACGAAUACGAGCCGGCGGCGGAUGACACAGAUGUUACUCUGGUGGCACAGCUGUCCAUGGACAGGCUGCAGAUGCUGGAAGCCAUCUGCAAACACUGGGAGGGCCCCAUCAGCCUGGCUCUCUACCUCUCGGACGCGGAGGCACAGCAGUUUCUGCGUUACGCACAGGGCUCUGAGGUCCUACUCAACCGGCGGAACGUGGGCUACCACAUCGUCUACAAAGAGGGGCAGUUCUAUCCCGUCAACCUGCUGAGGAACGUGGCCAUGAAGCACGUCAGCACUCCUUACAUGUUCCUGUCAGACAUAGACUUCUUGCCGAUGUAUGGACUCUAUGAGAGCCUCAGGAAGACGGUGCUACAGCUGGACAUGAGUAACACUAAGAAGGCUCUGAUCAUCCCGGCCUUUGAGACCCUGCGUUACCGCCUGUCCUUCCCCAAAUCUAAGGCAGAACUGCUUUCCAUGCUGGAUAUGGGGACUCUAUUCACCUUCAGGUACCACGUCUGGACAAAAGGGCACUCCCCCACCAACUUUGCCAAAUGGCGGACUGCGACGACUCCUUACCGCGUGGAAUGGGAAGCCGAUUUUGAGCCGUACGUGGCGGUCAGGCGGAACUGCCCAGAAUAUGACCGGAGAUUCGUUGGAUUUGGGUGGAACAAAGUGGCUCAUAUCAUGGAGCUGGACGCACAGGAGUACGAAUUCACAGUGCUGCCCAACGCCUAUAUGAUCCACAUGCCACACGCCCCAAGCUUUGACAUCACCAAGUUCCGCUCGAACAAGCAAUACAGGAUCUGCCUAAAAACGCUGAAGGAGGAGUUCCAGCAGGACAUGUCCCGCCGUUACGGAUUCACAGCCCUUAAAUACCUCACUGCUGAGAAUAACAGCUGAGACCGGGAGGGGGAUGGCAGGGGUUCACCGGUGCCUGACGACCACUAUGAUGAAGACUUUGAGGGCAUUACGUCAGCCAUCACUGGUUGGCUGGGGACUCACAGUUUUCUUUUGAGACCCUGGUUCAUUUGUUCAAGAAAUUUUGCUGCCCCAUCUCUCCCGAUUGUUGGAGCAGGGAAGACAGACGUGGGUUCGGGGUAAAAGUGAAACGGUGGGACAGAGGAUUUCCGCAUCUCCCAUGGUGCUAGAGAAUGAAGCGUACGCACUUUGGAUGUAAUUUAGAAGAAACCUAACACCGUGUUUCGCUUAUAGUGAGAGCCAAUCCCAGGUCGGCUGCAUCUCUCCGUCUUACUUAAGCGUCCAGAUCAAAGACAUCGUACGGAAAAAAACGUUUGAAUCCUGGAACCCCCUGCUGAAUCUUUGUUCUGGGGUGUUGGCAUCUAAAUCGCAAAAGAGUAGUCAGCGAUUGGGCACAGCGGGGCGGGCGGCUGGUCAUGCUACCCCCCCUCCCCCCCAUUGUUUUAAAAAGUUGGCCAAAAUAUCAAUGUCCAUUAAAUUUGCUGUACUGGCAAAAGGAAGAAAGAUCAGUGACGCUAGCUUUCUCGCACAGCCAAAAACUGCACGUCCCAAAAUACAAUCUGUGCUGAAUAGUGGUACUCUCAGCUCAGCAAAUGCUUUUACACUACUUGCCUGCAGGGGGCAGAAUCGAGACACUAAAUGUUAAAAUCUCAACGCUUCAUGCAAAAAAACAAAUAACAGCGUUCACAUUGCAAAGAUCCAAAGGGCAUUUCUUUCUAUUUUUGUAUUGUAUUCACCCCUGUAUAAAAGAAUUAAAAAAACACAGAUAUGCCCUGUUAUCUCUACGAUGUACCUACGUGGAACGCCCAUACUAAUAGCCUGGAGAGUCAUUUACAAGAGCUGGAAAGUCGGUGUAUGGCCGCGGUGACCCGCGCUUCUAGGCGCGUUGUCCGUCUGUCCUGUCCCUUUGAAUGUGAACAUGGCGCACUACAUAAUAUUUCUGAGUGUCCCAGCACUGACAUCUUCAGAAUAAUCUGCAGAGACGAAAGAAGACUCCCUUUGCCCGCAGGACAAAGCAUCCUUUGUGCAUGGUGUGAAAAGCUGGUGAUUCCUUUUCUGGCUGUCAGGUUGCGUGCUCUGCAAUUAGAGAUGGUCCUCGGCAUCAGAAGACAAUGAUUUAGUCGGACAUAUGUAGGCUUUACCGUUUAUACUGCGGCAUGUUCAUUUUCAGUUUGGAACAUCUAAACUCUUUCCUUCCUGGGAGGCCUGAAAUAAUGUUACUACACAACGUCUUAGCUGGCCUUCCUUCCUGGGCCAGAGUCCGCCUUGAUCAGCUCUGCAGUGUCCGUUCAGGUCAACGCAAGACGAAAGGUCAAUUCUAAAAAAGGAAAGACUUAUUUAUAUUUCCCAGUUCUCAAAAUAAAACGAAAUUCCUGAAAACGCAGCUAAGAGCAUGAGCAAGGAGCCACCGCGACGGCCGGGCGAGUUCAGCCCCCAGAGAAACGGUUGGUUGCCUUGACCUGUGUGAAGCUGGAAGAGUUAACUUAAUGGACUUUUCCACUAUUUUUUACCGUUCAGUAUUAAUUGUCAUGUUUACAAAGAGAACUCUAAAGUCUAAUGCACUAGACCAGCUGGGAGGCUGCUUGUUAACCAAUGGAAGGCAAGGCUCAGAGGCCGGUAAAAUGCGUCACUCCCUCUUCUCAUCCUGCCAGCGGUGGUUGCUCAUGAAUUGUAGCCUGCAACUGUGAAACGCGUUGGAGUUGAAAAAAGUCAAGUUCCUUUAAGUACAUUUCUUUAGAUUUAUACCUGAGAAAGAAGUGGCUGCUAAAUCGCAGAGACCGCUGUAAAAAAAAAAAAAAAAAAAAUUAUUUCCCAGAGCAAACCCAAGAGUUUCCAGGUGGCCACCGGCAGGAGGCGGGGGGUCCAUUGCAUGGGACUAGAGUGGGACGCUGCACAUGGCCCUCCUCCCGGCCACCCAUCUCUGCCCCUCACCACCAGUUGGCAUCGCUCCCACGAGUAGGAUUUGGCCCUAGGGCCGCAUUGAUAGUUGCCUAAACCUCCCCUAUUCUAAUCCACCACUGUUUCGAACCCCCGGGCAGGUACUUGCCACCCUCCUCUCUGUCCCAAUUGUAAUAGAAAAAAUAUUUCAGCCCGGAUUACAGUCUUGGCUAAAAUAUAUAUAGUUCUUGCAGGAUCUAGAAUUGUUAUAUAUAUAUAUAUAUAUAUAUAUAUAUAUUUAAUAAAAAAAAAUUCCCAUACAAGAUUAGUGUUCCUUUAAAAACACCUAUUUGGGCCUCCAGCCCCCGUCAUUCUCACAUUUAUUUAUUUGUGCAGUUUCCCCGAAAAUCUCCAGCAGGUCCAGGCAGAAACUUGGCGCGUUUCAGUGUUCCCGAGAACUCUACACUCAGCUGGAGGUUGCCUUUCACUCAUGCAAUGUGCAAAUUCUGUCCUUGCCUGUUUUUUUUUUUUUACGCCAAGAUAUAUUUUUCCAUGGUGACAAAAGUCUAAACUUAUUAUGUCUGCAACAAUUUGUUGGGAAAAAACAAUAUUAUUUCUGUUUCUGUUACACACGUUUCUACAGAGGGAAACGCUUAAAUCCAGACCGGGGAGGGAAUAUAUCACUUUACUUAUUUCCGUUACGAACCUCAAAAUCAUAGUGAAAUACAAUACAGUACAUACAGUGUAUAUAUGUAUGUAUGUAAUGUAUGUAUGUAUAUAUAUAUAUAUAUAUAUAUAUAUACAUAUAGUAAUCUUUUCCCUCAGAGACUUAAAGACCGCUCACCACCGUUCCGAGGAUGAGAAGAGAGAUACAGUGUUUUGGGUCUCCAGAGUUAAUGGGUUGUAAAUAAAUUCAAGGACAUUUGUUUAUUUUCAGUUGUGCAAUAAAAUUGUGAAAUAA